GCUUAUUACAGGUGCAUUGUGGGUAAACCUAAAGUCCAGACCUUAUCUCCAGAGACGCAGAUCCUUCAUGGAGGAGUGGAGCAAAGAUGAGGGUUCACUUCAGUCUGCUGUUUACUCUGUGGGUGGUUGUAGCAGGGGCCCAGUGCUGCCAGGCUCCAGAGAGGAAGUGUGACUUUGUGUGUGACUGCCCCGACUGUGAGGAUGAGCUGGACUGUGGUUACACAGGGGGGGAGCAGUUUGUGUGUGACUUCGAGCAGGGGCAGUGUGGCUGGACGGACGAGGCCCAGAACACACUGUACAAAUGGGAGAGACGACAGAGAGGAGACGCCCUCACACACACCGGACCAUCCUCAGACUUCACCACAGGAACAGCCACAGGCUGGUUCAUGGCUGUGACUGCAGUGAAGUCAGAGCAGAUCAGUAAAGCUGUGCUUGUCUCCCCUGAGCUCAGACAGUCUGCUCCUACGUGUCAAAUCAGCCUCCGCUACUUCCUCUGGGACUCAGGUUUGACAGAUCUAGGCCACGCCCCUCUCUGGGUUUCAGUGCGUUACCCUGGCGAUGAGGAGGAGGCGGUGCUGUGGCGUCCAGAGCCCAGCAGUGUCCGCGGGUGGAGAGAGGCCACUGUGUUUGUGGGCAGGAUCUCCUCCACCUUCAGACUGGUGUUUUACUCUAUGAGACGAGAGGGGCGGAGUGCUGACGUAGCUCUGGACCAGCUGCACUUCCAGCACUGUGCUCUGCCUGCUCCCCCUGCAGGCGGCUGUGGUUCUAACAUGUUCCAGUGCAGUAAUGAAGCCUGUGUGGAGCAGAGGUUCAAGUGUGACGGGACAGACGACUGUGGGGACGGGAGCGACGAGCAGAACUGUGAGGAUUACCACCGCUGUCACUUUGAUGAGGGCCUGUGUGACAUGUGGGACCUCAGGUCUCUGUCUCCUCUCAGAUGGAUCAGAACCAACCAGAAGAAUAUCUCCACCACAGACCCAAUGAGCGGACCAGGCCGGGACCACUCCAACAACACUGCUACAGGUCACUUCCUGUAUGUGACGGUCCCAGAGUCUGGACUGAAGACAGACUGGGCAGCUUUUCAAAGUAAACGUCUGGAACCAACGAACAGCUCCUUCCCCUGCAAGAUGGUGAUGUACACACACCAGUUCGGCCCUCGCUCUGGUGGGCUCACGGUGCUGGUGGCAGACAAGAACAUUUACCCCGUGUGGGAGAGGGGCGGGGCUCUGGGGGACCUGUGGGUGCGGGCCGAGGUGGAAAUCAACACCAACUCCACUUUCCAGAUCUUAAUCAUGGCUGCCCUCAGAGACUUUGAAUACGGAGGCAUCGGUGUGGACAGCAUCGUGCUGUCUCCUGAGUGCCAACUGUCCUCAGCAAACGGGAGCUGGGCUAACAUCCCCAAACCUCCUGCUCACCCCUGCACCUCCUCAGAGAAGAUAUGUGACUUCAAUGUGGACUGUGACGCAGCAAAGGACGAGGACACGUGUGGUGACUUUGUGUACCCAGAGGGCUACAAGGGCUGGACAGACUCCAGUGUGGGGAGUCAGGGCUGGGACUAUAACUCAGCAGAGGUGGUCCUGUACGUGACAGAGGCAGCAGGACACCAGAAGACCCCAGCCCAGAUGAAGACCCCUCUGUUGGGCCCUUCAGGACCAGCCUGCACCCUCAGCUUUGACUACGCACUCACGGGCCCCCCAGAACAUAUCGGGGAGCUGUCUGUGCGUGUGAUGGACAGUGUGCUCGGACCUCAGCCCAAAAUGUGGGAGUUUGCUGGAAAAACAGGAACAGUGGGAGAUUCCUGGAACCACACACAAGUUUACAUCGGGCAGAGGAAAUCACGCUUCCAGCUGGCGUUUGAAGGACAAGUGGCUGAGAUAGACACUAUGGCUGAAAUCAAAGUGACCAAUAUUUCCUUCCACGACUGCAAUCAAAACUACUACCCCCAAGCCCCAACUGGAGUGUCGUGUAAUUUUGAGGAGAGUCUCUGUGAAUGGCUCCAGGACAACAACGAUAACUUUGACUGGACUCUGGUGGACGGCAUGGACCACACCAUUAGUGUUGGCAGGAGUCUGGUGGUGGACUUGUGGGAGCCUUCUCUCCGUGGUGCGUAUGGACGUCUCCUGACAUACCCACAGCCCGCCUCCACCACAGGGGGGUGCUUCUCCUUCUUCUACAAGCUCUAUGGACCAAACACAGGUACUCUGAACGUGAAGCUGCAGGAUGAUCUGGGCUACGAGCUCACCCUGUGGUCUCGCACUGGAGCUCAUGGGAACGUGUGGCACGAAGCUCAGUGCCCCGUGCCACAACAGCUCACCCCCUACAGGCUGAUGUUUGAGUUGGUCCGCUCGGGCUUUGAUGGUCGUGUUGCCGUUGACGACGUGGCAUACAGGAACUCAGAGUGUGUAUCUGUGUGGACGAUGUGCUCAUUCGAGGGCUCUCAGUGUGACUACAGCAGCUCUGGGGCCGUGAAGUGGCGCCACACUAACGGAUACAACUCCUCCUUAGGCCCCAACACCGACCACACGCUGGAGACUGAAACGGGGUACUACAUGCUGCUGAACUCUGGCGCUGACAUGCUCCCGGCCGGGUCUGUCUCCACCCUCGCCUCCCCGCUCACCCAGGGCACGUCCAAAACCCACUGUCUCCAGUUCUGGUACCACAUGGGCGGAGACAGUCCUGGCUCCCUCACCGUGUACUUGAAGCCAGUGAAGGGCGGGCGAGUGAAGAUCUUCUCGAACAGUCUGAAUCAGGGAGGGGGCUGGCGUCAUGGCAGCGGUAACAUCUCCUCUGACCUGGUGGACUGGCAGUUGGAGUUUGAGGUGAUUGGAGCGGGCGGUAAGGACACUCACGUUGCCAUUGACGACGUCCAUAUUUUGAAUCAUGCCUGUGAAUCUCAAGAUUCCAGGUGUUCUCUGGAGGAGGGUCUGUGCAGCUGGACCAACACCCAGGACGUCCUCAAAGACCGACUGGACUGGGAGCGGAGCAGCAGGGAGGCAGAGAGACACUACCCCACACCCGACGCCGACCACACCCUAGAGCACGAGAAGGGUCACUUCCUGUUUCUACCCAGCAGCGACAGGACAGCAGCCAAUCAGAACGCUUGGUUGUUGAGUCCUCACCUGCCCCCCACCAAAGGCACCUGCUUGAAAUUUUGGGCCAAUAUGCCUUUUUCAGGGGUGGGCGAGCUCAAAGUGUGGCUGCGCUCUGAAGGGAAGAACACAGAGUUACUGAGCACCAGUCAAACCGGGGGGUCCUGGAAACGCUUCGACAUCGACAUCAUCUCCACUAAAGAAUAUCAGAUUGUACUGGAGGGCAUUAAAGGCAGCACUGGGUUUGUGGCUGUAGACGACAUCGAGUACACCGUGGGAGUGGACUGCACCGGGAAAGAGACGGACACACACAGCUAAACCCCUCCCAAACAGCCGGACGCGGGGGGCAUCGCGGCGUCCGUCAUCGUGGUCAUCCUGCUGGUGUCCACGCUCAUAGCUCUGCUGGUGUACUACCUGAGGUCCAAACGGGAGCAGAUGCCUGUACCCACAGGACCAACCGGAUUCUCCAACCAGUCCUACGAGCCCGACCUCUCCGAUGAUCACUUGAGUGUCCCACCUGUUCAAAACCACCCGAUGGCAGCUGGCUUCAACCAUUUCUCAGAUUAUGGGGACGUCGGUUCUGUGAAUCGGGACUGA